AUGACCGCUAAAAAUGGAGACAGCGAGUCUCCCAAGGCUUCGGCCGUUUCGGUCCCUCAAUCCAGCGCCCGUGUCCCACCCCCCGAGUCCCCGGAGGCCAGCCAAACGCGAUUCCGAGUGAUUGCUGCAUUUUGGGCUGUGAUCAUCUUCCUCGGAUUCCCAAUAUGGUGGAAGACAACCUCAAUCUACCGCGCACAUCUGCCAAUUCAGGAGAUGGUGGACUGGGAUGAUGGCAAGACAUGUCGCCCUGUCUUUCCCUUGGAGAUUCAUGUUGCAGCACCUGCAAUGCAACUUUCCGAGUCCCAGCACCUCCUUCGCACAACUCAGCAUACCCUGGACGAUCUCAAUGAAUUCGCCGCUCACCAUUUGCGACUCAAGUUGGCCAACGACACCAGUGUGGUCACUGCCAAUGGCGAAGAGACCGUUGGAAUCGUUGAUCAGGUCGAAGAGGGUGCAGACAUUGCCUUGACUGUUCGUGUGCUCCCGCAGGACGAUUUGGCUGCCCCUCGAUCAGAACUUCAUGCAGACACAACACAGCUAGAUGUAUUCUACCCACCGAACCAAGUCCCUCUCCCCUCGUCCUCCAACCCGCCCCUAUCGGCUUUUAUUGCACAGGAGCUUCAAGGGCUGUAUAGUGAGGAGAAGGCCACUAUUGCUCACAUCCUCUCUGGUGGAGCAGCUGGCUUUGAUUCGGAAAGCACCAGCCGGCGACUGCGUCGAUCCAUGAAAUAUGCCGACACCUACCACUUGUCAUUUUCAUUAUUUACACCAGGCUCUGUGCCAUCAUCUUGGGAUAUUGAGGCUGCCGUCAAAGAGUACCUAUCGCCUCUUCUACAUGCGUUUGCUCCCAUCAGCAAUUUCACAAUCGAUACUCAGGUCCAGCUCUAUGCAACUUUUUCACCCAUGGCACCUCCACCCGUUUAUGACGAGAUUGAGGCCGCUUGGACACUGAAGAAGGAGGAUCUGAGCGCAUUUAUCAAUGCCGCUGAGUGGCCGCUCAAUCCUAGCAUUGGCAACGGUCCCACCCUCAACUUCAUUCUCUAUGUUCCAGCCCCGUCUCAAUCCCCGCUCGUCGUGAAGGAGAACCGUGCUUCGAGCUGGAUCGUUCCCCAAUGGGGUGGUGUAUUCCUUCUCAAUCCACCACUAUUAGCAGACAAGAGCGGACCUUCCAACCCAACGCAUCUCACACAGGAUUCUCUACGGCCGGCGUUCAUGACCUUCUCUCACCAACUCCUGACUCUCUUGGGCACCCCAACUACUCCUUCCUCCCUGCCCCUUCGUCUUCAAACCCUCAUCCGUGUCCGAGCAGCUACGCUCCUUCUCUCCGCUUCAUCUACUAUGGGCUCUCUUGCCCGUCUGACUGAAUCGCUCCCCUCCAUCCCAAUCCCAGCGACUGUCGCUUCCUCAGUCUCAACCACACUGACCCAUCUCUCUGCUACUUGCUCUUAUCUUCGGGAUGGCCGCUUUGCUGCUGCUCUUGCCAGCGCACGGGUGGCUGAGACCGAAGCAGAGCGUAGCUUCUUCGAGAAGAGUAUGGUUGGCCAGGUCUAUUUCCCGGAUGAGCACAAAGUUGCAGUUUACCUACCUCUUCUGGGCCCAAUCGGUGUACCUUUAGUUGUUGGAUUAUUGAAGGAGUUGAGGCGGAUUGUAACGGGAUGGAAAACAAGGAGGGCCUUGUCAAAGUAA